CCCUCCUCCGCCCUCCUCCUGCUGUCACCACUCACCGCUCAUAGCCUUGAAGGGGUGGGGACCCCAGGCCUGGACACACCCCACUGUGGCCCCAGAGCCUAGCUGGUCGGACGGACGCACGGUUGGACGCUGGACCCCGGAGCCCCGAGGUGGGCAGUGUGCCAGGGUCCCUCACAGCCUCCUCAAGCGCCACCCAGGCUAUGGGCAUCAAGACAGCGUUGCCUGCGGCAGAGCUGGGCUUAUACUCCCUGGUGCUGAGUGGGGCUCUGGCCUAUGCUGGUAGGGGCCUCCUUGAAGCUUCACAAGAUGGGGCCCACCGGAAGGCCUUCCGGGAGUCUGUGCGACCUGGCUGGGAGUACAUUGGCCGGAAGAUGGACGUGGCUGACUUCGAGUGGGUGAUGUGGUUCACCUCCUUCCGCAACGUCAUCGUCUUCGCCCUCUCUGGACACGUGCUAUUUGCUAAACUCUGCACGAUGGUUGCCCCCCAGCUCCGUUCCUGGAUGUAUGCCGUGUAUGGGGCCCUGGCUGUGCUGGGCACAAUGGGCCCUUGGUACCUGCUGCUACUGCUUGGCCACUGUGUCAGCCUCUACUUGGCCUCACUCUUGGGCCAACCCUGGCUCUGUCUUGGCCUCAGCCUAGCCAGCCUUGCCUCCUUCAAGCUGGAUCCCCUAAUCUCCUGGCAGAGCGGGUUGGUAACAGGCACUUUUGAUCUUCAAGAGGUGCUGUUUCACGGGGGCAGUGGUUUUACGGUACUGCGUUGUGCCAGCUUCGCGCUGGAGAGCUGUGCCCACCCUGACCGCCGCUACUCCCUAGCUGACCUGCUCAAGUACAACUUCUACCUGCCUUUCUUCUUCUUUGGGCCCAUCAUGACCUUUGAUCGAUUCCACGCCCAGAUGACCCAGGUGGAGCCGGUGAGGCGCGAGGGCGAGCUGUGGCGCAUCCGGGCCCAGGCCGGCCUCAGCGUCGUGGCCAUCAUGGCCGUGGACAUCUUCUUCCACUUCUUCUACAUCCUCACCAUCCCCAGUGACCUCAAGUUUGCCAACCGCCUCCCGGACAGCGCCCUCGCUGGCUUGGCCUACUCAAACCUGGUGUACGACUGGGUGAAGGCUGCCGUCCUUUUCGGCGUGGUCAACACGGUGGCGCGCCUGGACCACUUGGACCCGCCUCAGGCUCCCAAGUGCAUCACAGCCCUCUAUGUCUUCGCUGAAACGCACUUUGACCGUGGCAUCAACGACUGGCUUUGCAAGUACGUGUAUGAUCACAUUGGUGGGGAGCACUCCGAGGUGAUCCCAGAGAUGGGGGCCACUGUGGCCACAUUUGCCAUCACUACUCUGUGGCUUGGACCUUGUGAUAUCGUUUACCUAUGGUCAUUCCUGAACUGCUUUGGCCUCAACUUUGAGCUCUGGGCGCAGAAGCUGGCAGAGUGGGGGCCUCUAGCACAAAUUGAGGCUUCUCUGUCGGAGCAGAUGUCUCGCAGGGUCCGAGCUCUCUUUGGGGCCGUGAACUUCUGGGCCAUCAUCAUGUACAACCUUGUAAGCCUGAACAGCCUUGAGUUCACAGAGCUGGUCGCCAGGCGCCUGCUACUCACAGGCUUCCCCCAGACUACUCUGGCUGUCCUGUUCGUCACCUACUGUGGUGUCCAGCUGGUGAAGGAACGAGAGCGAACCCUGGCACUAGAAGAGGAGCAGAUGCAGGACAAAGAGAAGUCGGAGUAGCUGGGAGGAGUAAGAGGGGAGAGGAAUGGGCACUGCUCAGCUACUCCCAGGUCUGGCCCAGGCCAGGCCGGAGGGGGCCUGACCACUAGAAUAAAAGACUUUUCUACCA